AUGACGCAGACCCUCUACAAGAACUUCCCGGCCAAUGCGAAGAAAAAGGGCAUCUUCAAGUCUGAAAUCGCAAGCGAAAAGCUGUGUGAUGACGCCCUCCAACGCUUGUCGCCUUACCUGCUACGAAAACCUCCGGUGGACAUUCUCGAUCUAUGGCCGGGAGGAGGACUUCUUUCGUCGAAGGUCAAUGACUUUCUACGACCGCGACGACAUGUGAUGAUUGAGCCCGAACUGGAUACCUUCCAACCAAUCCUCCAACCGCUGGUCGACAGUCGCCCUUGCUACAAGUUACUAUCCAUGGAUAUCCAUUCGGUACGGGACUGGCAGAGCUUCCUUCUGGAGCAUUUCCCCGAUCAGGGGAUGUCGAACUGUGAUACAUCAGGCGCUCUCGCGAAGAACCAUACAUUACUUGUCCUAGCCAACCCUCCUCCCACGCGGUCCAAGAAAGACCACUAUACCCCAGCGCGAUGGUGGUCCGUGUUCAUGGAGACAUGCAUGCGACAGUCGGGAUUGCACGCCUUUGGCAGCGUCCGUCUCCUCGCCACACUUCCCGUAUCCGAUGCGCAAGCCGUCAUCCCUCGCACUGUCGCGGAUCGCAAGCGGCCCGCGCUCCUCACGGAGAACGUCGCCUUGCAUGCCUUCGAGGUCGCUGCACCCAAAGCCCCUCUUGCUUGGGUGAACUCCAAAGGCUGGGACUUGGUCGCCGCAAAUGCAGCGCGUGUCGCUCAGCGAGAAACAGAGCAGAAUAUCGUGAUUCCUCCGGGCCGGGAGCUACCACCGCUCCCGAUGGCUCCCGAGAGCCCCGAGCCCGGCCAGAUGCCGGUACCGUACACCCCGCGCCUCAACACCGAUCUCCACGACCGCCUGAUGGCUGUCAUCCGCGCCGGAGAUCCCGCAGAGUCCAAGCCGAUCAAAACCGCGGCCAAACCCAAGAAGUCUGCGGCGGCGCAGAAGCGAAUGCGGGCGUGCAUCCAACUCAACCAGGAUAAUCGGCACGCAUAUUACCGGCAGCAGAUCGUCGACAAGGAGGCCGAGAUCGACGAAAUGGUCAAAACCCUCUCGCGCGCCGCCGCCGAGCCGACCUCCACGCUGGCGUCCUUGCAACCGCUCGUCGACCAGAUCACCGCGGCCGAAGCCGCCGUCGAGGAACAGCGUCUGGAGCAGCACUUUGAAACGAUCAAGCAGGUGCCCGUGCUCAUCGACGACCGUCGCGCCUCCCUCCACUCGGGGAGCUUCGACGACGCGCUGCUCCUGUGGGAUCGGCGCCCAUUCGAACCCCUCUUCAUCCACCCCGAGGAACAGUACCCGCCGCGCGAUCAACGACAUCGUGAAAGCCGUGCCGCGGCUCGCCACGUUCGCCAUGAAGACCCCCAAGGCGGACUUUGA